AUGCCUGCGGACGACGUGCUUGCGGGACUGCGCGGCGCGGCCGACGCGCUUCGCGACCCCGACGCGGCCGCGGCGCUGAUUCGUGCAAACAACGCCGACCCCCACUGCACUGGGUUCCUCAGCCGCACAAUCCGCGACGUGGCUGUCCAGCUUCACGCGCUGCAGGUCAGAACAGCGGCCUGCGAGGCUGCGCGUGCGGCGUGCGCCGCGGCGCUUGGGCCCCGCGCUCUGGAGUACCGGCGCGCCCGUGUGUGCGAAGCGCGCGCUUGCGCCGCGGUUGACGAGAUGACGCUCUGCGCGGCGUUGCGGCUGGCGGCGGGCGUGGCGGCGCCGCUGCUGGCCCUGCGGGGUGUGUUCGCAGCCGUGGUGCUCGCGGCCCACUCGCUGCUCAUGUGCUGUGGCACGGGCGCGCACCCUGUGAUUUCAGAGGCUCACGGUUUCGCAAAGAUGAGGCAGCAGCAGCAGGCGCUGACGGGGGACCCCCAGCAGCAGCUGGUGACCUUCUUCUACCUGGAAGGCUGCCCCAAUUCGAUAGCUUUGAAACCGGUUGCCGAGUGCCUCCCUGCCUUCUUCCCAACGGAGGUGAUGUUUGUGUCGGUUGAGUAUGGAGACCUCAGCCUGCUGCAGCUGAUGACGAACACACUGCACGCGCUGCCAGUCCUGCAGGUCUCCAUCAAGGGCAAGCGCUACCGCUACCGUGGCCGCCACAAGCUCGAGCCGCUGCUGCGCUUCCUGUCUCGCGCGCUGGGCCGCCCACCGCUUGCGCCCACGGGCAUCGCGGCGCACUGCGACGCGCACCCCAGCGCGUGCGGCGGCUGGCGCUGCGAGCGCACCGACGGGGAGGCCACCGUGGCGGAGCUGACGGGGCAGCCAGCCACGCUGCUGCACCUGAGUAUUGCCUUCCUGGCGCUGCGGUGUUGUGUCUGGUGCUGGAAGAGGCGGCGGCGGCAGCAGGCGGCAACUCAGGGCGUCGAUGACGGCGGCCACCCCGGUGUACAGGAGGCUGUGGCCGCUCCUGUGGCGCCUGCAGCUGCCAUAGAGCCUGGCGGAGGGUAG